AUGUCAACUAGGAAAUCAGUAGGAGAGGUUUCUGAUCUUAUUGAAAAGAUGAGAAACACAAAUUUAGAUGGUGAUGAGCAAGUUCACAGAGUCAUUAGUUAUCCUCAUAUUAAGCUCAAACCCACUAUUCAGAAAUGGAUUGUUAGCCUGAUUGCAAAAAAAUUCUGUGAGCAUCCUAUGAGUCCAGAUACAGUGGAACAAGAAGUUGUAAUGGCCUGGGGUCAUAAUCAUUUUCAACUUAGGCGACAUGCUAAAAAUAUGUUCAUUUACCGGUUUUUUGACUGGGAUUCUUAUAAUUAUGUUAUGGAAGAAGGUCCAUGGAGCUUUGAUGGAUAUCUUGUUGUAUUUAGAGAAUGGAGCACUUCUGUCAUUCUGAAAAAGCUGGAUUUUCAUCUGCAACAAUUUUGGAUUGAUAUAAAGAAGCUUCUACCAGAAUUUCUAAAUGUAGAAGUGGGGAACCAAAUUGCUAGUAUUCUGGGUAAUCCACUCAAGUUGGUUCCUGAAGAUGGCAAUCCAACUAACACAAAUGCAGUAAGUGUUCUCAUUGAAUUUAGUAUUUCUAAUCCAAUCCUUAGAGGUUUGUUAACAGAAAAUACUGUUAAAAUUACCCAAUGGGUGCCAAUUUACUUUCAAAGGCAACCUCGAAAAUUAUGUCCUGCAUGUCUUAUUUUGGAUCAUAAUGAGCUUGAAUGCGCAAACAAAGCAAAGGAUGUUCAAGAUUUUGGUAACUAUAUAUUCAAAUUUGGAGAAGAUUUUGGUGAAGUAAUUGAUCCAAGAGAUUUUAAUCCUAAAUACAAGCAAGCCGAAAAAAUUUUGAUCUCUCCAAAGAAAUCAAGAGGAAAGAAUAUGAUGGAAAAAAAGCCGUUUCAGAUUCCUGAAGAUGGUUACCAUGUUUCUACCAUCUAUAGUCAAUCAAGUGGAGAUGUUGCUGAAAUUUCGACAGCCAGAAGACCGAAAAGAGCAAGGGAAAGUCCUGGUUCUAGUAGUCAAGCUAGUCAGCAACAUCUAGAAUGGUUUCUUUCUUGCAUAUAUGGAUCUACUCAUAAUGAAGAGAGGAAACAUCAAUGGGAAUACUUACAGGAUUUAGGGAAAAAUAUGCAUAUGCAUAUGCCUUGGAUUACAUAUCAACAAUCAAGGGAACAACUUCUCAGAUGUGAAAACAGAAAUAACAUAUACUUUUAUAAUAAAGCAAAUUACAGAAGGCGAAGAAAUCAUAUAGAUACUCUUCAAGACAAGGAUGGCAACUGGAUCUCAAAUAAAGAAGAUAUUGAAAAGCUGUUGGUUCAAAAUUUCAAAGAAAUUUAUACUUCUUGUAAUCCAGCUUUGGACACUUAUAUAUUUAACCUUAUUCAGCCUUGUGUCACAGAUGAAGAAAAUCAGAUGCUCAUCACAUUUCCUGCUCCAAAAGAAGUUAAAGAUGCUAUGUUUCAAAUCAAUGCUUGGGCUGCUCCUGGUCCUGACGGAUAUCAAGCAGGAUUCUACCAACAAUGCUGGGACAUUGUAGGUAGGGAUAUAGUUCAUCUAGUGCAACAAUUUUUCGCCUCAGGUCAAUUUCCUUCUCACAUUAAUCAAACAUUUCAAGUCCUAAUUCCUAAACAAGAAAUAGCCACCAAACCUGGAGACUAUAGGCCAAUUAGUCUUUGUAGAAACAUAUAUGAUAAUGAGAUUAUUGCUCAAGAAAUGGUACACUAUAUGAAGAACACUAAGGCUAAAAUGGGAGUAGUAGGAGUGAAAUUGGAUAUGGACAAGGCGUUCGAUAGAAUGGAGUGGUUUUUUCUGCAUCAAAUGCUUCUUCAUUUGGGGUUUCCUUUGAAAUGGUGUCAAUUGAUCAAUCAUUGUGUACGUACUGCUUCUAUCUCUUUACUGAUGAAUGGAGUUCCUAUGGAGCCAAUUUUUCCUACCAGGGUUCUUCGGAAAGGUAAUGCUAUAUCUCCAUACUUGUUUAUUCUUUUCAUGGAAGGUUUUAGUAGACUAAUAAUAAGUGCUACUACAGAGAAGUUGAUUGACCCUAUCAAGCCAGCUGUUGCAAGCCCACAAAUCUCUCAUCUGUUCUUCGCUGAUGACUGCCUUCUAUUCAUCAAGGGUAAUCGAAAAUCAGUUUCCAAUCUUAUGCACAUUAUCAAAAAGUUUACUUCUGCAUCAUGUCAAAUGGUUAAUCUAGGAAAUUCUAGUGUUUUCUUCAAUAAACAUAUGGGUAGAGAAUCUUGUGAAGAGAUAACUAGGAUGUUAAAUAUGAAAGAAUUAGAUUUGAAUGAGAAAUAUCUGGGUACUAAUCUUAUCAUUCCUAGAUCCAGAGACAAAUGUUUUGAUAUAUCUAUUCAGAAAAUGCAACACAGAUUACCAGGAUGGCAAGGAAAGCUAAUUAAUCAGGUAGGAAGAACAGUUCAAGUUCAAUCAACUCUGAGUUCCACUGUUCAAUAUCAGAUGGGUAUCUUCAUGCUUCCUGACAAAACUCAUAAGAAGAUUAAUCAGAUUCAAAGAAAAUACUUAUGGAAUCAUAAGAAAAAUAAGGGCUUUAAUCCUAAAAGUUGGUCUUCUAUCUGGAACAGUAAGAAAUCAGGGGGCUUGGGUUUUAAAGAUUCAAAGAAAUUCAAUAUUGCUUUGUUAACUAAGCUUGCUUGGAGAUUACUUACUCCACCACAAGAUGAAUGGGUGAAGGUUCUACGAGCCAUUUAUGUUAAGAACAAGGAUUUACUAUCUGAAGAUACUUCAAAAAAGAAUUCUUCUUGGGUGUGGCAAAGUAUCAAAUAUUGUUUGGAAGUAGUAAGGCAAUAUUACAUCUGGGAAAUUGGAGAUGGAAAAUAUGUCAAAGCCUUCAAGCACAAUUGGAUGCCUAAUUCAAGCCAGGAUAAAGUUCAGUAUUACUCACCUGAGCAGAUUCAAGAAAUUGUUUCAAUCAGAAUUCUUGCAGAAGGGAAAGAUAAGCUAAGGUGGUCUCUUACUUCUUGUGGAGUUUUCACAACUAAAUCAGUUUAUAAUGAGCUUACAAAGCAUAAUAAUGGAGGCUCUAUUCUUCAUCAAAUGGAGGGUAAAGGCUGCUCAGUGGAAGCUCAACAUAAAGAUUUAGCUUCUCUUGCAGCUUGCACUUUAUGGCACAUCUGGAAGGCCAGUUGUGAGAAAGUCUUUGAAAAUAGAAUGCAUCAUCCCUCUAGCAUAAUUUAUAGGAUUAGGCUUUAUAUAAAUUCCUUUUCUUACUCAGGAAAAAAAUAUCAUUUAAGUCAUAAUCAAGGUUUCGUUUCUUGGAAAAAGCCUCCAGAAAAUUGGCUUAAGCUAAAUAUAGAUGCCUCUGUUAAGAAUAAGAAUUCUAAUGCUGAAUUUGCUUUAAUUUUUCGUGAUUAUACAGGAAAAUUCGUGGGGACAAUGGCCUACUCAGCAGUAUCCAGAGAUAUCAAUCAAGUUGAAGCCUUAGUUCUUCUAAAAGCUCUUAAUUGGAUAAAAAAUUUAGGCUUUAAGCAAGUGAUCAUUGAAGGAGAUAAUGAGGCAGUGGUUAAUUGCUGUAACAGAGAUAUUAGCAGUUUCAAAUGGGAAGAUCAACAAAUACUUUUAGAGUGUAAGUCUUUGUUAUCUAAAUUAGAGUCCUGUGUAGUUUCAUUUCAAAGAAGGUUAUGUAACCAGGCGGCUGAUAAGCUUGCGAAAUUUGCUAGAACUAGUAUUCACUGUCAAACUUGGUGGAAUGAACCACCUAAUAUCUUAAAUCAGGUUCUAGUCUAG